AUGGGCUGGAUUGCAAACACCGCUUUCGACGUGUUGAUGCAGAGAUUACAACUAGAACGCUCAGAUCCAAAAGGCGCCGCAGCCAUAGUCGAAAUAGCCCCUCACGCAGUCGGCCCAACUCCAUAUCUACCUCCAACCCCAAACUCACUCCAACCAAUCAUGGGCAGAGCUCUCGGUGGUGGUGGUGGUCCAAUGGCUAUCGGUGCUCCUGGAGGAAGUGUGGGUGGUGCUGGUGGACAGCGAAUGAUUGGAGGUCCUACUGCUGGACGAGCUGUGCCACCACCACCUUCUAUGGCUGGAGGUGCCAACCAGUACGUUGCUAUUGCUGAUUUCGCGACUGGCGAACCCGGGGAUCUCGAUGUGAGGGCAGGUGACAUUAUCAUAGAUGUGGAGGAAGUUGAUGAGAAUUGGUACCGAGGUCGUAUUGGACAAACUGUUGGUAUCUUCCCAAAGACCUAUGCUCAAAGGUCGGGUGCUCCGAGAAGAUUCUAG